UAAACAUUAACACGACAAAACGGUCACAACAAAUUAGUUUAGCCAGUACUCUCAAUGGAAGGUAGUUCAUUUGGCCGUGAAGAGCGCCAUUUUGUGUUAAAAUCUGCUUGUUCUCAUUCUCAGUUAUAGUGACUGGAAAGCUAGUCAUUUUUUGUGUGUGAAAUACCGUCGACAGGCGUGGACGAGGCGUUAAUUGAGACGAAUCAUCGGCGCCAACCCAUAAGGCCUCCAUCCCGAGGUAAUCAUGACAGCGCCCACUGCACCUCGUACAGAUGAGUACCCACCAUCCAACCCUCCAGAGAAGAUUAUAACCUCACAACCUGCAGCUGAUGACACCUAUCCUCCAGAGCCUAGCCCAUACCCACCAGAUGCCAGGUCAUACCCUGCUGCACAUGUGCCAUACCCUCCAGAGCCUAGCCCAUGCCCACCAGAGCCUAUAUCGUACCCUCCGCCCCAUCGUCCCCCUAAUCCCAAGCCACAGGCUACUGCUGCAAGCCACGUCCGAGUGUCAGUGGACGACCAGGGGGGCAGGGCGGCUUAUACCCAUCAGUCCACGGCAGCAACCCGGCAGCCGCAGCCACAGCCGACUACGAUCACCGUGAAGGAGAGGAGGCGGCGUCGAGGCAGCGGUGCAUCAGACGCGGUGGAGUGCUGCCUCCUAAUGGCUGCCUGCAGUGGGAUGUGUGAAGAUUGUGACUGUGACGACUGCGACUGUGACUGUGAUGACGAUUAGGAUGGAG